AUGCUCCGCAUCUUCAACCACAUGGUCCCCUACCCCCGGCCUAAGGGCUUCCUCGUUCCAGACCCGGAAGUCUACAAAGGCCUGGACGCAAUCCAACAGCAUGGCACCGCCACGUCAGACCUCGCCCAGCGCACAGGACGCGUCCGCUGCCUCGCCAUUACGCAACAGGACAAACUCCGCGAAGAGCUAGCCUACCUCAAAGAAUGCCAGCUCCACGACCACGCGCACAUGGACGAGGAUUACGGAAUGAGGAUGCAGGGCUGCAACAUGCAGUUCUGGCCUGGUGGACUCGGUUCUUCUGCUGCGGAUAUGUACCCGAGGAAGAUGUCGAAUAAUGACAUCUUGAUGGCGAAGAGGAUUGAGAAGUGCUACCGGAGGCGGAUGAGGGAAUUGAAGGAGGAGAAGAGGAAGAAUGCGAUUUGGUUGGAUUUGUGGUAUGAUAAGCAGGUUGUUAAGGUUGAUCGGUUGUUGAGGAAGGAGUGGGAUCAGAGUGGGGAGUGUGGGGGGUACCCUUACUGGGCUGAGGAGAGGCGCGAGGUGAAGCGCAAGAUGAAGCGCAAGGUGAAGCGUUCUGCGAACGAGAGACCGGGACUGCUGCUGCGCACCCUUGAGUACUUCGAAGGGACACUGUUCUUAACAACCAACCGGGUUGGAACGAUUGAUAGCGCUUUCAUGUCCCGAAUUCACCUGGCGCUCUCCUACGAGCCCCUAUCCGAAGCAGCGAGAAGACAACUCUGGGAUACCUGGAUAACACGAGCAUGUCGUGGACAGCGUCCUAUUUGGGUCAAAGAAGAGCUCCUCGUCCAGUUAUCGGUGUUGAAUGUCAGUGGACGGGACAUCAAAGAUAUCUCACUGCUAGCUCAAGGAUUGGCAAAAACUGGCCAGCGUGAUAUGGCUUCGGAAGAUAUCUGGAAGGGAGUUAACGCGAUGACACAGUUCCAGGAAGACUUUAGAGCCAGUGUCACUCGUCAAGAAGCUGGAAAGAGAUCGGAUCCAAAGGUUCCGGACUCGAAUCCGAUGCCUUCAAAAUCAUGGCUUAAGACACUUUACCAGUGGUGGUGGUCAUGA